UGUCUCUCGAUGAUUUUAUCAUUAAUACUAAGAGUUUUGCAACAUAUAUUGGUAGUUCACUAUCAGAAGUCUUUGUAGUCUUAUUUUCGCUACACCAUACGUUGUUGAACAAUCUACUAAAGAUCCUAAGAUUUAGUGAUUGACUAUUACAAUUAUGUUUUCACAUAACUACAUAAUGUUUAGCUUGGUAAAUCUGAUAGUAUUGAUGAGUUUAACUUUAGUUCAUUGCACUGUAAAAAUCAACGAAGAUCGCAGUCAACUCAAUACUUUUCUGACACUAAAAAAUAUUUCGAAUCAUCAGAGGAAUGAUGGAGUACAAUUGCAGUUUGCUCGCCCCUAUUUUAGUCCAUUCAACAUAACGACUAAACAGUCAGAGGAUACUGUACAGAUAUUCUUUACGCCAAUACCAGAAAAGAUGUAUCGACAUAACGAGACAGUAUAUGAAACACCAACUCCUAAAAAUCUAACGUUUAUGAAGAAUCAACCGACGGAACGGAUAUAUAUUACUUCUAAAACUCCAAUUUACUCGACGACACCUGUAAUUUAUAACACUAAGCAAGAUUCUUUAGAAAAUCAUCAAACCGACUUCAAUAACUUUAAAGUCAAACAUCAAUUAAAAACUUAUAGAGCUCAACAACUCCUGUACGCCACCACAGUGCGACCUAUUAACAACGUAACCGAGUUGACUUUAUCCACAACUAGUAAACUUGUAACUGGCUCAAAACCGUUUACUAUGGUUAUGGUACCCAAACAAAUUUUGAAUAACAUAACGCCGACAAUAAAACCGGAUUUAUUCAGAGCAAUACCUUCAAUACCUCAACAGAAUUUCAAGCGACAAUCUUUAGAUACCAAAAAUAAUUCUGAAAGCCACAGAGCAGCUUCCAUAUCUUCGCUAAACCAACAAACAAUUGUGACAUCUAGAAUUAGCGGUGUUCAAAAACAACCAUAUUCCAUUUAUAAAUCAAAAAAUUCGGAUUUCCGAGAUGAUAUACAGACUUAUGGUAAUUCUAUUCGUAGGACUGUUCCUGAGGCGAGUUAUAAGCCCAUAUUAUACGCACAGUCUCCUAAUUUGAAAGAAACUUAUGAAUAUCCUACGAAAUCAGUAACAUUUAAAGUAGAUCAACCAACUUUUUAUGUGACAGAAACUACUCGGAUGUUUUACCCUUCUACUGAUAAACCUUCUCUUAAACUGCCCAUUUCAAAGUAUCCAUCAAAUGAUAAUACAAAACCUGAAAUCGAAAUGGAAUACAUCCCUAAUCUUUCUAAUUGGCACUCGGCCAAAUCAACCAUCGAUACUGAACAGGAUCAAUACUAUACAAGUAAUGAACCGAAAGACAUGUUCAGAUUACUUUUAGAGGAUUUAUUGAAGUCAAAAUACAAGUCUGAAAUGAAAUUGAAACGAAAUGGUUUAGAUGAAAUUAUGGACCAAUACUACAAAAAUAAUAAACAUACCCCCGAGUACAUCGAAGACUAUGAAAUAGACACUGAAAUGAAUUGCAACUUACGUUCAACUAGACAUAUCACUGAUGGUCGGUGUACUUCUACACAACCAAUAGAGGAAGCUGUGUGUGCAGAACGAUGUCUAGUAUACACUUCAGCCAUAUCAUUAAUGAAAAGGCUAAAAUCAACAUCAACACAUAAACAACAAGUAGAAGCAUUACAUUGUGUCAAUGGUGAUACAAAAUUAUUAAGAGUGAAACUUUUAUGUCAAGAUGGAGCAGUUUUGAAUAAUGUUGUCAAAGUUAUAACUAAUUGUCGCUGCAAGUUACAUCCAGUACAACCCCAGAUAAGAAACAUAAAUUUAGGGUUGAUAAUACCACAAGUUGACUCAGAAAUCAAUGAUCAGUAUUAGUUACAUAUUAAUUUCUUUAUUAUAGAUGUUUUGAUUGUAAAUCAGAUUUAUUUCUAGUCUUUAGAUAAUUUAUUAAUAAACACUCUCAUUUUGUUAUUUA